AAGCGUCCCUCCCUGUCUGUGCCAGGACAGAGGAGGACCAGUGUGCAGUCUAGUCCGACUGCAUAGGGGUGGGAGAGCCGUCACUGCACUAGCUUUAGCCACCGCAGCCCGAGUGCACGAGCGCAGGCGGCGGGCUCCCCGGGGCGGGAGGGCAGCGGAGGACAAGCGCGCGGAGCCUGGAGCGGGCGCACGCGCACGCGCACACGCACCGGCUCGCCCGGGGGCCGGAAGAGCCGAGCGGCCGGGCGGCAGCUGCGGGCGCCAGAAGGCGCGCGGCUGCGGGGAGCGCGCGGGCUACGGGAUGGGGCCCCCCGAGAGCGCGGCGGAGCUUUCAGCCGAGGCGGUGGAGCUGCGCGAGCCGGAGCUGCAGCUCGUGGACCCAGCUUCCCCCGGCGAGGAGCACGUGGACGUCGAGGCGGAGGGCGCCACUAGCCGCCGCAGGUGCUGGCCGUGCGGAGCCUGGCCGUGCGGCUCGCGUGGGGAGCCCGAAGCCAAGAAGAAAGCACCCUGCCCCGGACUUGGCUUGUUUUACACAGUGUUGUCUGCCUUCCUUUUCUCAGUGGCCUCUCUAUUUGUUAAAAAAGUGCAAGGUGUCCACGCUGUAGAGAUCAGCGCGUUCCGAUGCGUGGUCCAAAUGCUAGUUAUUAUUCCUUGCUUAAUAUACAGAAAAACGGGGUUCAUAGGUCCCAAAGGUCAACGACUUUUCCUCUUCCUCAGAGGGGUCUUUGGUUCCAGUGCCAUGAUCCUUAUGUACUAUGCUUUCCAGACAACGUCCCUCGCAGACGCCACAGUUAUUGCCUUUAGCUGUCCAGUGUUUACGUCCAUAUUUGCUUGGAUAUUUCUCAAGGAAAAGUAUAGCCUUUGGGAUGCUUUCUUCACCUUGUUCGCGAUCGCUGGAGUGAUACUUAUCGUGAGACCGCCAUUUUUAUUUGGUUCCGACACUUCAGGGAUGAGAGAAAGCUAUUCAGAGCACAUUAAGGGAACAUUUGCCGCGAUUGGACAUGCUGUGCUAGCUGCGUUGACUCUGGUUAUUCUGAGGAAAAUGGGAAAAUCUGUGGACUACUUUCUGAGCAUUUGGUAUUAUGUCAUACUUGGCCUUCCCGAAACCAUCAUCAUCCUCUUUGUCAUAGGAGAGUGGAGUCUGCCCUACUGUGGGCUGGACAGGCUGUUCCUCAUUCUCAUCGGACUCGUAGGUUUGGGGGGUCAGAUAUUUAUCACUAAAGCAGUUCAAAUAGAAAAAGCAGGGCUCGUAGCAAUAAUGAAGACGAUGGACAUAGUCUUUGCUUUCAUCUUUCAGAUUGCUUUCUUUGAUAAUGUACCAACCUGGUGGACAGUGGGCGGGGCUCUCUGUGUGGUAGUUAGCACCACUGGUGCAACCAUUCGCAGAUGGCUGCAGGGUUCCAAAUGACAUGUCACUGCUGAAAUCAGUUUUUUAUUUUUUCAAGUAUGCCAUCACCCAGCUCAGACAUCUCACACACCUACACACAUACCUGGGGAAUCUGCAUUAUUCAUUGGUUAUGUUUAAUAAACUUCAUAAAGUACCAUUUUUAAACAUAGUAUGUUUUUAAUUAGGAGUAGCCAGCUAGGCUAGCCUAGCAGUUUCUGGGCAGCUUUUACUUUUGCUUUGGCUGGUUGGUUGGGUUGCCAUUGAAGAGAAGGGAGCUCAUUUGAGGAAUUUCAGAACUUUUUAUGAGCACAAUUUUUAAAAUUUAUUUUUUGACACAGGAUGUAGAUGGGAGAUACUCUAUUUUAGCAGUGUAGAGAAGAAGCUUCAUGUUGACAAUGCUGCUAUAAUUAGUACUGUGCUAAUCGGUCGAUUGCAAUAUAAUCCCACUUAGGACGCCAAAGCUGCCACUUGGUGCAGGUGCCUACGUACUGAUAGGAGUCAAAGCGAACCAGCCUUAUUUUCAAGGAUCUUAGAGAUGAUUAUUACACUUUUAACUCAUGUGUGCCUUUUUGUUUCGAUGCUGGAACUUUUUAUAUGUAUUCUGAGGAGAGCCUUCAGCUUGCCACGCGUGGCUAGCAGCUCUCUUUCAGUAUAUUAGCAACUCUGCCUAUCGUUUUGAAUUUCAAUUGUCUCCUCUUUUAUGGAAAUUGCACUAUAUAUUUUUUUUAACAUUCCAAGAUUUCCAAUCUUAAAAUAAUGAGAGCUUAAAAUCUUGGCGUGACUAGUGUGUACAUUCCCGUCCUGAGGUGAUUUCACCUCAGAUGGGGUGAUUUUUCUACAAAUAAUCUUUGAAUUCAUAGUGUGAUGCCAAAUACAAUUUUCUCAGGAUUGAAGGAGGCUGGGCCAUUAUCAGAUCGCCCAGAUGCUAUGUUUUCAUUUACAAAACCCAUAGUUCUAGAAGGUUCAUCCUGCAAGCUCCCUUCACAUUAAACCAAAUAUUUUUACCUUUACAGUACAUGUCUGUUAUUAAACUUAGUCUUUCUCCACUUUGGAACGGUAUGUUAUAAUGCUUGUGGCAUAUGAAAAGUAUAAAGACCUAUUAAUCCACAGUUGAUUGGCUUUCACAGGUUUUUUUUUUUUUUUUUUUUUUUGCGUAUACAAAAAGAACAUAGGUGCAUGCUAGUCUCUGACACACAAUCCUAGUGUGAACUUAGACGGUUGUAACUGUGAGCACCAGCAGGCCAGUACUCCUCAGUGAAAGGCAAGCUUGGUAGAUUGGAGUGUAUGACCAUAGUCUUUUGUCCUUUGGACACCCUUAUGGUGAGGCUGUAGUGGCUGUCACCUCUUACCUUGUCAGACUGCAGAGUUGAGGAGCUGUUGCUCUCUCCCACACUCCUCACAGCUCCUCUGAAAGAAGGGACUGGUCUCCUGGGUCUUACGUUCAGCCACAAAAGGAUCUUCUCCAGUAGCUCCUAAGAGGAACUUUUGAGUUUGGUGGUUUUAAAUCGUAUUUGCCCCCGACAUCCUAAAUAUUUACUUAGCUGAGUCACCUCAGCUCUGAUUGACCCCAAACAGAUUUGUCAGCAGUGCCAUUCUACCCGUGUCCUAGAAAAUACAGAGUCAACAGACUCGGAGGGGUCUUGGAGAUCAUCCUGGGGGAUGGCGGGAGGGAGGCCUGCAAUAGCCGGUUUCCAUAGCAGCCUCCUCUCAUUCAGUUCUGCUCCUGGAGCUAGCUACCUCCAAACUUACACAAUAGAAGAGUGUCUGGGAUAGUGGAAGAUCACCCCUUUGGAAACACAUUAUAUUUCAACUGUGUCUUAAGUACUUGAAUGUCAGAAUAUGUGGCUGACGUUGGAGACAAUGUUUCUUAUACCAACCUUUACAGGGUAUGAUUUUUAAACAAUGUUCAAGUGGUAUACAAGGCUAUGUAUUGUAACAAUUAUGGGGGGAGGUCAUGUAUUUUCCAGAGAUUGUAGUUUCUAUAUCUUGAAAAGGGAAAUAUUUUUUUCCUAACGUGUUUUUAUUUUGUAAGUAAUAAAAUCAUAAAAGAAAGA